AUGUCGCUCUACCACGAAGCAGCCAAGAUCCUCAUUGAAUCCCGUACCAAAAAGACCUCUGUCAAAUCUCUCGUCUACACUAAUAAAUCCUGGAAAAGUGACCAGAAAACUCUAUUCGCGCUCAGUACCGAGGCGGCGAAAUGGAGCGCAGUAUUAUCAGAAGUCGUGGAGCGCAGUGGGAUUUUGAAGGUCGAAAGGGCAUUGACGCCGGUUUUGGCGCUGGUGUUGGUGCAUGAUUUGUUUCUUGCUAAGAGGGGCGUGGCGCUGCCUGCUAGUCAUGGGUUGUGUGUAGCUGUAACGAAACAUAAGGCGAGGUUGUCGGCUGAAUUGACUAAGGCGAGGUUGAGAAGGGGUUGUGCGAGUCUUGAGGUGUUGACGGCGAGGGUUGAUGGGGUAAGGGAUGGGGGGGUGGAGAUGGUGGGUGAUGGUAAUGGUAAUGGGGAGGGAGGAGGUCUGAGUGGCUCGUGGCAUCCUCGCUGGGUCCGGGUUAACACGUUGAGGACGACAGUCGACGAGCAGAUGGUUUCGACAUUUGCUGCUUACAUCCGAACUUCUACUUUACUGGAACUCAGAGGCUCAAGUAAGAAGCUGUUACAUCUCGACGAGCAUGUCCCGAAUCUCAUAGCAAUCCCAUCAGGUAUCGAUAUCACGACCACUCAAGCUUACCGUAAUGGUCAACUCAUACUUCAAGACAAAGCUUCGUGCUUUCCAGCUUAUCUUCUGGACCCUGCAGCAACAUCUGGAGAUGUGGUGGAUGCUUGUGCUGCACCCGGAAACAAGACCACCCAUCUGGCAGCUAUCUUGCACGAGUCACAGCCUGAUCGAAAGGAGGGAAGCCGAGUGAUAGCUUGUGAAAAGAACGAUGUUCGAUCGCUGACACUCGAAAAGAUGGUCAAGCUUGCUGGAGGGAACGACGUUAUCAAAGUAAUGGCAAAGCAGGACUUUACAAAGCUCAAUCCAGACAACAAGAAGUACGCAAACGUAACUUCCUUGUUGCUCGAUCCGAGCUGCUCAGGCAGCGGAAUCGUAGGUCGGGACGAAGGAGCAAUCACGGUGCAUUUGCCGAGCAUUACAGCAUCGGAGCCAGAGCCUAGAGGCAAAAAGCGAAAGCGUAGUGCAAAGCCGCAGCCAGCGGCGAUAGACAUCACUGCUGUCGAAGAAGAGCUGCCGCAGGAAGCUGAGGAGUCAUCUGACAAGCUAAAAGCGCGUCUGGACAACUUAUCUGCUUUCCAGCUUCGUCUGUUAUUACAUGCUAUGCGCUUCCCGGCCGCCACUCGGAUUAGCUACUCAACCUGUUCGAUUCAUCCGGAGGAAAACGAGAAUGUGGCUAUAGAAGCUUUACUAUCGGAUGAAGCUCGUCAGGGUGGAUGGCGAGUGUUGAGGAGGAGUGAGCAGGUGGAUGGCAUGCAGAAGUGGAAGAAGAGGGGUUGGAAAGCUGCGUGUUCGGCUAAGCUGGAGGUAUUCAGAGAAGCAGCGUGUGGGAUCGAUGCCGAAGAAGUGGCGGAGGCGUGUAUACGGUGCGAGAAGGGGAGUGAGGAGGGCACGAUGGGGUUCUUUGUUGUCGGGUUUGCACGAGAUGUCGAGAUCGGUCGGGAAGGAAAUGCCCAUGGCGAUCAUGAAACACGCGAUAGGGAGGCAGAAGACGACGAGUGGAGCGGGUUUGGGGACGAGACAUGA